AUGCUCCCUGCUAAUGACUAUAAUUCCGGCGCAUUCUCAAACAAACCAAGCGUUGAAAAUGACGACCGCCUCCGCAGACUGUACUAUGAGAACUUCCAUGCUGCUCACCCAAUUCUUGUCCCUAGCGGGCUGUACAACGAGCAGAAUUAUCCGGCCUGUCUUCACGCUGUAGUGCAUUUUGUUGGAUCGCAUUAUAGUGCGACCGGUCGCGCGACCGAGUAUAAGAAGAGGGUCGCCGAGCAGCUGGGAUCUCAUACCGAGCGGUCUCCCGCUACGGUGCAGGCGUGGUUAAUAUACGCCAUUGUUCUGAAUGCCCGAAGAGAGGCGGAUGAAGCCCAGGCUGCUUUGAACCAGAGUAUCGACCUAGCUCUGGACCUGGGAAUGAAUAGGGCUGGGUUCGCGUCAGCUUCUCAUGCACUGUGCUCAGUAGAAGCCGAGAGCAUGCGCCGAACGUGGUGGGAGCUGGUGAUCACUGAAAUCUACCUGGCCAUAUCGCUCAACUCGUUCACGUUCCGCUGCAGCGCUCUUCCUCCAGAGGUGGCUCUCCCAUGCGAAGAAUCAAUCUACAAUGGGGGCAGAGAUAUUCCCACGCCGAGCAUGAUGCUUGAUUUCCGACGGCGCAUCAUUGCCGCUGGGGAUCCCGUCUUCUCUUCUUUCAGUUACCGGAUCGAAGCUACGAUGAUUCUGUCCAGAGUGAUCGUGUUAAACCGGGUCCCCGAGUGCCAUCGCGACCAGGUCCAAGCGGCUGAAAAUGCUCUGGUGAGCUGGACCAACCACCUCCCGGCGAAGAAGUUGGACAUUGUCGAUGCGUAUGGGAACGUCGAUGAGAUGAUGUUCCAGGCCCAUCUGACAACAGGCUACGCUGCCAUGCUGCUCCAUCUCCCUCGUAGCGACUUGCAACCAGUGUUGGCACAGCCGGAAAGAAGCCAGUUCUGGCCUGGAGCUUCAUGCCAUCUGCAGCUCUCAUCGACAUCCACUCGCCUUGUGCAUAGCAUUAAAGCCGCCGAAGCCUCGCGACAGGUGUCUGACUCGAUCUCCGUAUGCCCCAAUAUCCUCAAACACAGCCCCUUUAUCAUCCCUUCUCUUUCACUAUGCGGCUUGAUCCAGCUCGCCACGUCCACUCUCCACUCAGACGAAUGCUUCGAUCAUCAUUGUAACCGUGUCAACCUUAUCCUGGGAUGUCUUAAGAGUGCGCGGCGGACCUGGGAACUGGCCGAGUCAACAUAUCAAAGUCUCAGAUCGUCCGCCGCAGAGUUAAUGUCUGAUUCGCUUGAGCGGUGCCAGUGGAAUUGUGCCCCUCUCAAUCAACUCGUCCCAACUGAGUCGCUGCCGUCAGAUCCGACGCGGCCAAGCUCUGCUUUGGAUGGACAGGACCUGAUGGUGACGGAUCUACCAUCGAAUUUCUUUGAUCGCGCCUGCUUCAAUGCUUCGUUCUUUACAGCGGUUCCGGAUCUGAAUAUGAUAUAA